CGCGGACACUGUGGGAGGAAGAAGCAAAUAUGGCGACCGAACGCGGGCAAAAUAUCCGAGUUUAGGAUCAACAGGCCGCCGGAAAUUCUCGAUUCUUCGCACGCAGAGUCGACCUCUACUGGCUCACAUGAGGGGCGACCGACAUCGCCUCUCUGCAAAGUGAUGGAACAGUUUGGUUCUUUUUCUUACGGAGGCGGCGUCCAGCGAGUCGGCGGGCAUUCCCAGCCUCUAAUUCCGACUGCGUCACCGUCCCUCACCACAGUCGAGGGCCUACCAGAAGCCGAGUUCGACAGCAACUUUCUCGGUUCCGACAUUUCGACGACUUUCCAGGGCCCCGACACCGGGUCCACCAAGCCGUCCCGACCCCAGAACACCGCCUCUUACGCGCUGGAAAACGGCGACAAUUCCAGGGAACAGCCGUCGUCGGCAGAGAGUGGGGACUCAAGAAAGAUGACUAAAUGCUCAGAUGAGAGCAACUCUGGGUCAGAGGACAGCAACGAUGAGGACCAAUCAAAAUCCGGCUCCAGCUCCAGCAGCCAAUCGGGAAGCAGCUCCGACUCCGGCAGCCAAUCAGAGUCCGAGUCCAAGUCGGGAUCCGGAUCUGGAUCUGGAUCCAGCUCCGCGAGCGAAUCGGGAAACGAGAGCGCGAAAGCGGAGGAGGAUGGGGAAGAGCAGGAGGAUGGGGAUGAGUCGAAUGACCUGGCAGCCGACAGCAAGGACCAAGCAGGCAAACUGCCCAAGAAGGAGAGACUGGCUGAUCUCAAACAGAUGUGGGAGGAAUACCCGGACGUCUAUGGAGUGAGAAGGUCCAGCCGAGCCAAGAAAGAACCCAGCAGAUAUAAUGUAGGCAUGGAGGAGUCUGAUGAAGAAAAUGAUGAAGAUGAUGAUGAAGAUCACCGCAAAAGAAGAAAAAACAUCUCAGCGAAAUCCAGAAGAAAACGGAAAUCAAGUGAAAACUGGGAGGCAGACAACAGUGACAGUGAUGAUGAUGAUGAUGACAAUGACUCGGGCAGCAGUGAUGACUACACAGUGAAAAGAAGGGCCAAACCUGCCGCUAGACCGGCCGCCAGGCCACAGGCCAGAGUCAGAGGUAAAGCCCCCAUCAAGGGGAAGUCAGCUGCCAACAAUCAGGGUCGGAAGCGGUCGGGAAGUCUGAGUGAGCGGGAACAGAAGAGACUGUCCAGGAGAAAAGCUGCUGCAAAUGUCAGUUACAAAGAGGAGAGUCCGGAUGCGACGGACUCGGAUGACCUGAUGGAGAUCGCUACGAAAGAGGAGGAGAAUGAUGAUGCUGAGGCCAUCGAGAGGGUUCUCAACCACAGGACAGGCAAGAAAGGGAGCACUGGUGCAAUAACUACGAUGUACGCGGCGGACGCUGCCGCGGCCAACAAGCCUCCAGACCCGGAGACAGACGAGACGGAGACACAGUACCUCAUCAAGUGGAAGGACUGGUCUCACCUGCACAACACCUGGGAGAGCGAGGCGACCCUGGCCGAGCAGAAGGUCAAGGGCAUGAAGAAACUGGAGAACUACAUGAAGAAGAAGAACGACCUGCAACAGUGGAAAGACCAGGCGUCCCCAGAAGACCUGGAGUACCUUGAGUGCCAGUCUGAGAUGAAUGAAGACCUCCUGAGUGCCUACCAGCAGGUUGAGAGAAUCAUAGGUAUGGCGUACCCCGCCAGUCCCCAGCAUGAGCUAGCCGGCCCGCCAUCCCACAGGAGCAAGACCUCAGGUGGGAGAGUAUCGCGAAACGAAGAAGCUCCUGCUCAGCAGCCUGCCAAGAACUCGGCGUCAGGUUUCCCGGACUACCUGGUGAAGUGGCAGGGUCUACCGUACUCCGAGUGCUCGUGGGAAGACGGCGAGCUCAUCUCCAUGUACUUCCCCGACGCCGUCGACGGAUACAACGCCAGGAACAAGUCCCAGAAAAUCCCAGGCAAAAUGACCGCCAAGGUUCUGAAGCAGAGGCCGAGGUUUGUAGCGCUGAAGAAGCAGCCGCUGUACCUGGGAGGCUCAGACAAGCUGGAGCUGAGAGACUAUCAGCUGGACGGACUCAACUGGCUCGCUCACUCUUGGUGCAAGAACAACAGUGUAAUCCUUGCAGACGAGAUGGGCUUGGGGAAAACCAUCCAGACGAUAUCGUUCCUGUCCUACCUGUUUAACACCCACGCGCUGUACGGCCCGUUCCUGCUGGUGGUGCCCCUGUCAACCAUGGCGGCCUGGCAGCGCGAGUUCAACAACUGGGCUCCGGACAUGAACGUCAUUAUCUACCUGGGAGACGUUAUGAGCAGGAACAAGAUCAGGGAAUAUGAGUGGUGUCACCCCGGAAACAAAAAGCUCAAGUUCAACUGUCUGCUGACCACAUACGAGAUCCUUCUCAAGGAUAAGUCAUUCCUAGGUGGAGUAGAGUGGGCAUGUCUAGUCGUUGAUGAGGCCCACAGACUGAAAAACGAUGACUCUCUCCUGUACAAAACCCUGAAGGGCUUCGACUCGAACCACAGACUGCUGAUCACGGGCACACCGCUGCAGAACUCUCUCAAGGAGCUGUGGGCUCUGCUCUUCUUCAUCAUGCCUGCCAGGUUCCUGAAGUGGGAAGAGUUUGAGGAUGAGCAUCAGAACGCCGACAAGAACGGUUACGCUGGCCUGCACAAGGAGCUGGAGCCCUUCCUCCUCAGGAGGGUCAAGAAAGACGUGGAGAAGUCCCUUCCCGCCAAGGUGGAGCAGAUCCUCAGAGUCGAGAUGUCGGCCAUACAGAAACAGUUUUACAGGUGGAUUCUGACAAAGAACUACAAGGCCCUGACGAAGGGGAUGAAGGGGAACACCAGCAGUUUCCUGAACAUCAUGAUGGAGCUGAAGAAGUGCUGUAACCACUCCUUCCUGGUCAGACCCCCGGAGGACCCUCCGCCUGGACAGAGCCUCGUCACGCAACUCCUGAGGAGCAGUGGAAAGUUAUUCCUGCUGGACAAGCUGCUGGUUCGGCUGAGGGACACGGGGCACCGCGUCCUGAUCUUCUCCCAAAUGGUCCGCAUGCUGGACAUCCUGGCAGAGUACCUCACCAUGAGACACUUCCCUUUCCAGAGACUGGACGGUUCCAUCAAGGGUGAGAUUAGAAGACAAGCGUUGGACCACUUCAAUGCUGAGGGAUCUCAGGACUUCUGUUUCCUGCUGUCAACGCGAGCGGGAGGGCUGGGGAUCAACCUGGCCACGGCCGACACCGUCAUCAUCUUCGACUCCGACUGGAACCCGCAGAACGACAUCCAGGCACAGUCCAGGGCACACAGGAUAGGCCAGCGGAAACAGGUGAACAUCUACCGUCUGGUGACCAAAGGCAGUGUGGAGGAGGACAUCAUCGAGAGAGCGAAGAAGAAGAUGGUUCUGGACCACCUGGUGAUCCAGAGGAUGGACACAUCGGGACGGACUGUCCUCUCCAAGUCAUCUGCUCCUUCCAGCACUUCCACACCUUUUAACAAGGAAGAGCUGUCUGCUAUCCUGAAAUUUGGUGCUGAGGACCUCUUCAAGGAGAAUGAAGGGGAGGAAGAAGAGAUGCCUGAAAUGGACAUAGAUGAGAUCCUGCGCCGUGCGGAGACAGCAGAAAUGGUAGACGACGCGGGCGCAGGGCACGAGCUGCUUUCACAGUUCAAAGUUGCGAACUUCUCCACAAUGGAAGAGGAGCUCCCGCCGGAGCCGGCCGUGAAGACGUGGGAAGACAUCAUCCCCGCCGCCGAGCGGCAGAAGGUCGACGACGAGGAAAAACAACGAGAACUGAUCGAGAUGCAUCUACCGCCCAGGCAGAGGAAGUUUGUCACCAAGCUGCAGUACGGGAGUGAGUCGGAGGGUUCGACCCGUCGCGGGCGGAAGCGGAAACGCGCCUCGUCCAGCAGCGAGAGUGACUCGGACAGCGACGCCGACGCCAAGCCUCGCAAGCGCGGCCGGCCCAGGACCGUACCCAGGGACACCAUCAAGGGCUUCUCCGACCCCGAAGUCAGGAGGUUUGUUAAGAGCUACAAGAAGUUUGGUAUGCCCCUCACAAGGUUAGAGGCUAUAGCAGGCGAUGCGGAGCUGCAGGAGAAGUCGUACGCAGACCUGAAGCGACUGGGAGACCUGCUACACGACGGCUGCGUCAAGGCUAUCGAGGAGUAUGAGAAACAGAUGAAGGAGAACCCAGAAUUCGAUGGAAAGAAGCGCGGCCCGACCCUGAAGCUGUCCACAGUGACGGUGAACGCUCCGUCCAUCCUGAGACACGAGGAGGAGAUGCUGCCGCUGGCCAAGGCGAUUCCCGAGGACCCAGAGGAGAGGAAGAAGUUCCGGCUGCCGUGCAGGGCCAAGCUGGCCCACUGGGACGUGGACUGGGCUGCGGAGGAGGACUCCGCUCUGCUGGUGGGCAUCUACGAGUACGGGAUGGGCAGCUGGGACACCGUGCAGAUGGACCCGGAGCUAAAUCUGUCGGAUAAGAUUCUCCUGGAUGAGGAUAAAAAGCCCCAGGCCAAACACCUGCAGUCCCGAGCAGAGUACCUCAUCAGACUGCUGAACAAGGACCAAGUCAAGAAGGAGGCACUCGCAGAGGGGAAGGUCAUCAAGAAGGAGAGAAGACCCCGGAUGCCCAAACAGCCCAAAGACCCGACCGCGGUGAAGAGACCCAAGGCCAAGGUCAAGUUCGUGGAGCGGAAGGAGAACGAGGCUCCGGUGGACGAACCAAACUUCGAUCCAGAGGAGCAUCGGGAACCGCUCGAAGAGGGGGAGGUGGAGGACAGCAAUGACAAAACUGACAUCAAGGAACCUGUCGUCAAGACUAAAGUCAAACGGGCCAAGAAGCCGAAAACCCCCAAGAUUGUCAAAGAGUCUGCUGACAAAACAACACCAGCAAAACCCAAGGAGAAGAACAAGAAAGAGCCCCUGAACACAGACCUGGACCCGGACGCAUCACAACACUCUGUGUUAGAAGACAUGGACGAUCUGGGCAAGGAAACCUUCAACAUGUGCAAGGAGAGAAUGAGACCAGUUAAAAAGGCACUAAAACAGCUGGACAAGCCUGAGGAGGGCCUUACGGAGGAGGAACAGCUGAACCACACCAGGCAGUGCCUGCUGAAAAUAGGUGACCGCAUCAUGGAGUGCCUGAAGGAAUGGACAGACGCCGAGGAAGUCAAGAAGUGGAGAAAUAAUCUCUGGAUAUUCGUAUCCAAGUUCACGGAGUUCGAUGCCCGGAAACUCUUCAAACUAUACAAACAUGCUGUCAAAAAGAGGGAGGAGGAGAAAGAGAAGCAGACCAAAGAAAAGACCAAGCCGACGGCGACUUCCAACUCCACGAUCGUGAAGAAAGAACCGUCGGACAGCCAACACGCACACGUGGUGAAGAGGCCUUCUCAGGGUUCCGAGAGGACGUCAGGGUGGGGAAGUGACUCCGCUAGCAGGGACAGUUUCACGAGUAACGGCCCAUGGCCCGGCACCAGCUCAAGUUACGGCCACACGGCGGGGAGAGCCGGCACGGGAGGCGGGGCGGACAGGUGGGGGCACGACAGGUACCAGCCCGGCAGGGACCCCUUCAGGGAAAGGCAUCGAGGGGAGGUCAGCAGUGCGUACAACCGGCCGGGCGCUCGCGACUACGAUUCCCACCGGACGCGGGACUCCUCCCGGUACAACGCGGACCACCGUUGGGAUCGUGACCGCGAGCGGGACAGGGAGAGGGACCACCGGGAUCGCGAGCGUGGCGACCGGGACUACCGGUCCUCGCGGGACCACCGAGAUCGGGACUCAGGCUCGUCCCGGGACUCUUCUUCCAGACACCGAGACCGCGCCGGGAACAAGGAAGACGGUUCGCAUCGGAGCGGUCGCACCGAAUCCGGUGGUCACUCGUCUUCGGGAGGGGAACGCGGCGGGGAUCAGAGGUUGCACCAUUCUCAGUCGGACCACAAGCGCAGGAAAAAGGAUGACUCUUAUUCGUCUUCGGACGGCAAGAAGAAGUCGAGGAAAGACAGUAGCGAACACAGGUCCUCAAACACGCAGGAACAUUCUAGUAGUAGAACCAGGGAGGACCCAAAGGACCACAGGGCUUUGAUAGAACACCGCUCGCCUCUAGAGCACAGAUCGCCCUUAGAACACAGAUCUCCCCUCGACCACGGGGAUAGAAGUAACGAAAGAACAGACUCGAGACACUGACAGACAUUCGCGUCAGGAGGAGAAUCCUGUCUUAGUGAAAAUGAUAUGUUGCACCAGAGGUAAAGAGAGGAAAAAAGAAAGAACUUUACGUGGACACGAGACCAAUUUUCAAACAGAGUAUCACAGAUGAAUAAUAAACUAUUUGUAUGAUUGUUA